CAUUUUCACACCUAACCUAACAUUGACCCUCUUCUCUAUUCUAUUUAAAAACCAUCUCUCCUCACCAGCGUUCUCUCAUUCUCUCUUUUAACAGUACAUUUCAAGAUAUCCAUACCUUUUCUUUCUCGCUCUAACAGUUUAGAAAUGGCUGAGAGUGGAUACAAGAAUCCCAUAGAUGGAACACCAACACCAAACGGAAGCAAUAGGGCUAACAAAAGGAGUGUUGCAACUUCUGAUUACAUUCUUAGGUUUCUAGCCUUUGCUGCUACUUUGGUAGCUGUUAUAGUGAUGGCUGUUGGUAAGCAAACCAAGACUGUUCCUGUUACUCUUCUUCCUAAUCUACAGCCAAUCAACGUUGAAGCUCAUGCUAAGUGGCAAUACAUGUCUGCUUUCAUAUUUUUCAUGGUGAUAAACAUCGCAGCUUGUGUUUACUCAGCUCUCUCUCUAGUCUUAGCAAUUGGAAACCGAUUCGGAUCAAAGGGGUUGGAUCUAGCAGUCAUUAUCCUUGACUUAAUAAUUUUAUCGCUUCUUUUCGCCGCAAAUGGAGCUGCUGCUGCCGUUGGUGUUUUAGGUUACCAUGGAAACACACAUACGCAGUGGAAAAAAGUGUGCAAUGUAUUUGAUAGUUACUGUCGCCAUGCAGCAGCAUCCAUCAUUUUGUCCUUGGUUGCAGCACUUAUGUUUGUCUUGCUAUUAGCUCUAGCUGCUUCUAGGCUCCACAAGAGAUGUCUGUAGUUAAUUUGAUUUAAGAAUUGGUAUAGGUUUGCGGUUUCGUUGCAGUAUGUGGCAAUCAAUUGUAAUAUUACGUUAAGUUUCCGUCGACAUAUUUUAACGAUGCUCUUCUUCUUUCUUUGUAUGGGCUUCAUGUUGCACAAACUUGAAUACAUACCUGUUGUGCUAUUGCGAAUCUGUGAUACUAAUAUACUACUAUUUAUUGUCUCAGUGAAAUUGAUUUAACCACUGUAUCACAUAUUUAGACCAAGUUACAAUAACAUCUCGAAUCCGACGGAGCUAAAU